AUGGAGGAGUCAGAAGAGUUUACGGUCAAUAAUGGGCUAUAUGUCAAGUCGAAACACCCCCUUGUCGCGUUCUCGCAACGUUUAUCGAGAACGUCGAGGUGGGUCUAUAGUCCUAUUGUUGAACACACGAAGCCGGACUAUAUAUGUCAUACAGCUCCUACAACCAUGAGUCAAUUUCAGUUAUUCCCGCCUCCUUCACCGGAGAUAAAGGCUGCAAAGAACCCAUUUCGCAGGGUUAAGAAGCCGAUUCAAAAGGCUGAAUCGGAACCCAUCCCUCUCAAUGAAAUAAAGGAUUCGUCUUCCAACACGGAAUCGUUAUUGCUUCAAAUCAUCGAAGAUACCCAUGAUCUGCCGCCCCCACCACCACUACCAGCACAUCUUGCACGGGGAAAGUCUCUGUCUACGGCAGACUCAUCGCCUAAUUCGAAGUCCACCCAAUCUGCACGCAGCCGAAGUCGCCAGGGAAAUCACACCAGCCAGCGAUCUUUACCUUUGCAGAGCAGCUCGAGCAGUAGUAGCAGUAGCCCUUACACUGCCAUUUCAUCUGCAUCUCCCCAGUCGCUACAGUCUUCUGCUACUCCACAAGUUCCUAUGAAAUCUAUGUUUCCUCAAUUUGAUCCUAAAGUCCCGCUCAAUCAACAGAAGUAUCUCUCUCAAAUGGUUAACGAUGAUCUGUCUACCAAGACCUCUCGUAAGCCACAGCUUACACUUUCGCCAACAUCGAAUAUUGACCAGUUUCUUGGGCCCAAAACUGUCCCCGCAAGUAUAGUUAACUUUCCGACUGGGGUAAUGGAGCCAGAGGAGAUCCAAUAUUCCUCUAAUCAGGAGUUGGAAUUACUCUGGGAAGCUGCCAAUGGUCAACGGCCCCAGGAUAUUGACGGAGCCUUCAAUCUACGCUUAACAAAAACUGGACCUGCAACUUUCGCAUUUGGGAAUUCACAGAAGCCAUUUUAUACAUUGCAAACCUACUCGAACAAUGAAAUAUCUAUAUCUCGUGGAGUUCCAUCGAAGCCUAAUCACGAUGUCCCUAUCAUGACCCUGAGCCUUGAGGACCGCAGACGCCGUGAGCACCCCCACGAUGGGCUUGUCACACUACUCUUCCCCAGGCUAGCUGCCAUGCUCGCUAUCGAACAGGCCGAAGAGAUCAGCAAAUACCACCAUCUCUCCGGGUCCCAUGCAUCAGAAAUUGAAAGCAACGCUCUUAAGCGGGCAGCCGCUCAAGAAUCCUGUCGUCUAUCCUGGAAUCGCAACCUUCGCCUUUACGAGUUUCGACAUCCAUCGCAGUCCAAACGACUUCCUCCGCCCCUAGUCGGGGCUGAAGGUAUUCCACUAUCUCCUGUGCAAUCUCAAUCAUCGGGCAUUUUAUACAUAACCGUUUCCGCACCUUCAAACGAUGCGACACCUCACCAGCCGCCGACAAUAAUUGUCACUGGUCCCAUGUCCUCCACAGCCAUGGAAGCAGCGCAAGAAGCCGCUAACCCGCGUACAUCCACAAUGCCCGUCUCUGACCAAGAUGAGCCGCUCGCAACUAUGGAUUUUGGAACGCGUACUUUGUCCAUUUCUCCCGCUGCUGUUAUCGCUACUAUCCCAUCGCUCUACGCUAUUGACUCGCUGAUCGCGGCUAUCCUGGCAGUCGCCGUCUCUGACGAAGCCACAAAUCCUAUUCUCGCAGAUAUGGACCUUGGCUCACCUCAAUCAGUGGGACCGAAUGCGGUAUCGGCGACUAAAUCAGGAGCCGCAAUGCCUUACCGUGGAGAUCUUAUAACAACAUUGGCUGAGCGCGAAGACUACAAUCAAAGUCUUGAGCUAGCGUCGCAAAUAGAGGCUGCUGCAACAUCAAAGCCAGCAAAGAGGAAAAGUUUCUUGAGAUUCUGGGACCGGGGUAGCGCUGUUUCUACUCCUAAGGAUAGCCACCGCAAGUCCAAGUCGAAAAAGAAGCAGAUCGUGGUCGAAGAAUUUGAUUUAGAGAAAUACGGCAGGUAUGGUUCGAGCUCGUCUCGUGAGGGCGAGAAAGUACCCGGCAUCACUCGGGGCUUACUGAAGAUUCUAUUCUUUGGAUUGGAUAUACUUGUCAAGGGGUUGACACUCCUGGUCAAAAUAUUGGCUUGGUUGUUGGUGAAUUCUACCCGCUGUGUUACAAGUGAGAAGUUUUAA